GGAGACCUGCUAUCAGUACGCGUUCGACGGUCGCAUUGGUCGCAUCGGUACGGCUUCGUUGUUCUUCAUUGAAACGGUCUCGUGGUAUUUCGGCGUAGUUCACGUGCGCGUGGUUGAUUAGUCAUUUGUCGCGGACGAUAAACGAAGUUGUAAUGAAGUGAUCGAUAACUCGACGUGCCACAUCCUCGUCAGCGAGCAUGGAUCAACGUGCGCUGCGCUGCGUUUCGAUCUUCUGCCUGCUGAUCGCCAUAGCUGUCGCCUCCCAGCCGGCCGCCGCUCGGAGCCAAGUUCCCGGUAGCAGCGGGGAGGAAACAACGUUACCGGCCGCACCGGCAGCGACAAACUGUCUGGUGAACAGCACAACAUCCAGCAGUCCCGUGGACAGCGGUGUCGGCCGAGGACAUCCUCCUCGGACGUUAGGCGAACGAGAACGAGUGGAGCCAGCUGCGAACGAGCAAGCCGAUGAACAGGAGGACGAGGGAGAAGGGGUCACCGAGGCCGAGGAGGAUGGGGAAGGAGGUGGCGGUCGAGAGGAGGAGGACUACGAAGGCGAGGACGAAGGAGAGGCCGAGGACGAGUACGAGGACGAGCUGAAGGCCGUCGCCGAGUCGCACGAGGCGAUGUCGAGGGACGACACUAGGAAUUCGAACGCGUCGACGGCGACGGCUGCCUCUCCGUCAGCUGCGUUGACCGCCGACGGGACCGGUCCCGCCGCUGCCAACAACUUCGACUCCAGGGAAGUGAUCACUGUCAACGAUUCCGACGAGGAUGUCGCCUCCAACGAGGCUAUCACCGACGAGAUCGUCGACAAGUACGACCAGGAGGUCGCCGAGCUAGUGAAGUACAGAAAGGAGCAAAAACAGCGAUUGUUGGGCAGCAGAACUAAGACGAAACGCGUGCCCACUGUGAAGAAGGAGCUGAGCACACAAAGGGAGAUCCAGCUGGGCAGCAACGAGACGCAGGUGCCAAAGAGUCUGGUGCCAGCGGAGGACACGUUAAAUCGACUGAACGAGGACGCUGAGGCGAUCCGCAGGCGGAACACCGCUCGAAAUGGGUCGAUAAAAUCAGAGAAUUUUGGGAGAUCUGGUGGCGGUGAGACCUCUGUGGACAAUAGAUACUCGGAUCCGGAACUGGAGAGCCCGAAAAAGCUUGACAAGAGACAUCACAGGGACGAAGACGAGGUGCGCGAGGAGGUGGAGGAGCUGCUGAACUCGAUGAGGGAGAUGGCUCAGAAGCUGGACAUCCAAAAGAAACUUCUCUUGACAAAGUUGGAGAACGCGACGAAGCUGCUGGAGCAAUAUUACAAGACCCGGUCGACGUCGUACCCCCCGACGGUCGCGUCGUCCUUGGACUCGCGUAAAUUGCGCAAGAGGUCCAAGAAGAAGAAAAAGAAGCUGACCGCGUUGACGCCGGCUCCGGCGACGCCGCCUUUGUUGACCACCACCGAGACGUCGUGACAAACGACGCCCGUUCAAUGGCACCUCGUCGCUGAAAGGCUGUUCGGCCCGCACUGGCAGCAGCAGGAUCCGCUGGCGGUGGACCCUGAGAACGGUCCGAGGAUCUCACCGAGCUUUCGGGAUCUGAUCGAACGGAACAAGUCGAGGAGCCACGCGAAGAACGCCUUCCCCUCGGUCGAGAGGAAGUCCGCGUUCGGGCAGCUCGAUGGUCUGGAAGCUGGUCGCGUACAAGGGCUCAGGGAUUUCGGGAACCUGUUAGAUAGAUCCUCAGACGGGGGACGCAUACCGGAUUACGAGGCGAUCGACUCAUACCCUCGGCGGCUGCGAUACAAUCAACUGUCUCCGGUGUCGAGGAACUUUCUGCGCAGACAGGAGGAGGAUUAUCCGAGCGACUUCGGCCUGCAGUCGGACGGUUUCGCCAGGAGCCAAGAGUACGAGCCGGCAGCUCGCGAUUUCCCCGCGAGCAGAAGCUGGCCGGAUAUCUCGUACAAGUACGGUCCACCUUGGAACAUGGAGGAGCGGCCGUUGAUGCCGUUCGGCUCUGAGAAAUGGCCCUGGAGGCAGCCGCAGGCCGAGGCAAAGUACUGGGCUCAGCGAAGCAAGUUCAUGCCCCUAGAGAAAAACUACUGGUCGCCGUUGAUCAACGAGGACCCCGAGGAACUUUCCGAGCCCGAGAAGAUGCAGCCGCCGCCAAGGGUUCAUCAUUCCUGGGACAGAAACAGAUCUUCCUGGCCAAUGGACAACAGCUUGAAGGUCUACGCGCCCUGGGAUCAGUCCGAAAGAUCGAUGAAACACUACGACCACGAUGAACCGAACCUCGGGUCCUGGGAGAAGUCGAACAACCGCACAGACCCCAACCGAUCCUCGAAGCACGAGGCGAAACAGAAGAUAGUGCUGCCUCAGAUUACAAUGAAGACAUGGAACAGCUUAACUUCGGAUCCGGCAACGUGGCCUCACAAGUUGCCGGGCGCAAAACCAUGGCCGAAGGACGAGAACGGAAAGUCGUACAACCCUAACGCGGACCUGGUGAAGAAGCUAGGCUUGGACAAGCAGGACAACGGCUCCUGGUCGAAGGAGGAAUCCGAGAAAUCGAACUCUGAUAAGAAAUCGAACGAUGACAAGAGCAGACUGUUCGGUUCGAAGGAGGCGUCGAAGGAGGAGGAGCUCUCUCGUCCCGAAUCCUUCGACUACAAGAAGCCCGGCAGCGAGAGGAGCAACUUCAGCGACUAUAAAACGAAGCCCAACGAUUCUUCCAAGUCCUGGACUAUUCUGGAGGAAGGCAAGAGCCGAAAAGACUGGGCCAAAUCUGAGACACUUCAAAACGAUGACGCGGGUGCUUGGAGGAGGAAGCACGAGGAGAAGGCGACUUGGAGCAACGAGCCGCCUGCGUCCUUGCCUAAGAUCCAGUCCGUGGGUGCCUGGGUGAUGUCGGCCGACCAAUCCACGUGGAAGCCUUACCAGAUGAAGCCUGUGGAGUCCACCUCGGGCAAUUCCGCCCGCAGAUGGUCCAAGACGAAGGACAAGUGGCCAGGCAAAGGGUCUUGGGCGGACAAGGUGAACGACUCCUGGAUGGAUCGCGACGAGCAGAGCUUGUGGCCAGAGAAAAACGUCGCCGAGAUCUGGAAGUCCAGCAAGUCGGGCUCCUGGUUCUCCAAGACCUCGAAGAACAAGGAGGGAGAGUGGUUGAGCAAGCCGGAGUCGUCCUGGAACGCCAAGCUAGCGGAGAACGAGUCCUGGCCUGCGAAGGCGAACCCUGGAUCCUGGUCCAACAGAAACACCAAGGCAUGGGGAUCGAAGACGACGAACGACGACGUUGCCAAGUUCAAUGGAGACUCCUGGCCCGUCAAGCUAAAGGAGGAGUCCUGGAAGAACGGGGAUACUUGGCCUAGGAAGUCGACCGAGAGGAAUGGCUGGAGCUCGAAGAACAACGAGCUGACGCCUUGGCAGCAGAAGAUCAACGACGAGUGGAGCUACGGGAAGAGCAGCACUGGCACCUGGCCGGCCAAGUGGAAGCAGUUUGCGUAUCACAGGGUGACUGCGAUGCCAAUUUCGAAGCCAGGCACGACAGCGGACGCGUCUUCGGCGAAGUCGAAGAACGCGUUCGUCGCUGUGUCAGCUGUCUCUUCUCAGAAGUCUCCGGGCAACGAGUGGAGGAAGACGGAGGACGACAACAGGAGCGAGAACUCGAGAUCGGAGGAUCAGGACCGUAAUCAACUGCAGGUGGGUCUGGAGCGACCCAUCUACGCCUGGAAGAAGGACGCCGAGACCAGGACGGGUUCGACGAAAGGAAACAGCACCGACCCGCUGGAGAACGAGCUGGAGGCACUCAGGCAAAUAGACUUCUGGUCCUCGUACAAAGAAAACGACGCUGAGAAGAGAUCGACGACGACGGCGACGGGCACAGAGAAGACGACGACGGUGCCGACGAACACCGCAUCGACGUCGUCGCAGCGACGAGGAUCGUCGGGCGUCGCGACGCCCAACGGCGAGCCGCUGGAUACGAAUCGGCGAACGAUCCCGAUGAAAUAGGCUCGGAAAGAGAACCUCGUAGAUCAUCCGACGAUCCGAGCCCGACGUGGUACCAGUCCGUUCUCCGUUCUCCGUUCUCCGUCACCUUUGGCAGUAGGCUGUCGCGACGUCUCCGAGCAAUUUCCAACGACCCCCGUGACACCCGCGCCUCGACCCUCCCCUCGAUUUUCUAAUCCGAUCGGCGACAGAACACCGUCGCGAUUCCUCUUCGCGUCGGCUGUGCGUCGAUCGAGAUCCAGAUCGGCCGUCGGGAUCUCGCCGCGAUCUACAGGGUGUCUCGAAACUCUCUCGUAAUCCGGAAACGGUGGGUUCCCGAGGUGAUUCGAAGUAACUUUUUCCUCGGCGAAAAUGCAAUCCGCGGCUUUGUUCGCGAGUUAUUAACGAAAACCACUGACAAGAUGGAAGGCGAGAUCGGUUGGCGCUAGACGGCCGAGCCAACGAGUGCGCCGAGCCGAUCUCGUCUCUCAUCGGUCACUGUUCUUUUGCGAAUAACUCGUGAACAAAGCAGCGAAUCGCAUUUUCGCUAAGGAAAAAGUUACUUCGAAUGACCUCGCCAACCUCCCGUUUCUGGAUUUCGUGAC